GGUUCCACCGUCGCCUGCCUUUUGUCCUCCGAUGCUGUUGGUGGCAGUAAUGCGCUCAGUCGGACUCUUAUACCCUCAUAAAUGAAAGGGAUGAGGAAGGUGGUAAACAGAUCAUGGCGGUGCUGUUCAGUAUAAAGAAGAUGGCUUGUGCGGCUAAUUUUGUAGCAUGAAGUGGGACAGUGUGUUCUUACCCGUUCGGCCAUGAUCACCUUCACUCGGGCGCAGGAGCCGUAUGCCGCGUGGCCCGCGGGCGACACUGUGAAGGAGCCGGCGGACAAGGGGCAUGCACUAACCGGGGAAGAGGCUAAACGUUUUUACCAGAGCCUGAUAGAGGAAGGCGGGGAUGGGGAGACCGGAAGCAGCGGCACGGGAAACGCGCCCGCGAGGAGAGCGAGAAGACGGCGUCCGCAAGCCGCCGCUCCCUCCGAGAGGGAUGGACACCGGCUGCUGAGAUGCGCCCAGGAGGGGGACCUGGCGGGGCUCAGGGAGCUGCUAGGAAAGAAGGGCUGCAAUGUCAACUUCUGCGAUGCCUAUUACUGGACCGCCAUCAUGUGCGCCAGCUAUGCUGGGCGCCUAGACGCAGUGAGGUACCUCCUCCAUAAGGGGGCGGCCUGGGUGGGCGUGGUGGACAUCCAGGGCCGGGAUGCCCGGGAUCUGGCCGAUCAGGCUGGGCACACAGAGGUGGUGUGGGAGCUGGACACGUUUCGGGCCCAGGAAGACAGGCAGAGGACAGACAGUGCCCCGCCCCCAGAGCCCCGCUGGUGCUCAGACUGUGGUACCCAGUACAGCGAGAGCGAGGACCGGCAUUGCAGCUCCACCCUGCACCAGUUCAGCCUGCGCCGGCCACCCCCCACGCCCCACUACUGUCUGCCUCCCACCAACGCCGGCUUUCGCAUGAUGCUCCGGGAGGGAUGGGAGCCGGGGGCCGGACUGGGGCCCGGGGGGACAGGCCCCAAGCGGCCCAUCCGCACCGUGCUGAAGAGGGACCAGGCAGGCCUGGGGUAUGGCCCGAGCCCUCGGGCCAGGGUGACACAUUUCGAGGCUGGGGACACGCGGGCUGUGCAGCAGGCCCCUGGCAGGGGGCGCACUGAGCGAGGGACCACACUGAGCCGCAGGGCCGAGAGGAAGAAAAAGGAGAAAGACAAGAACUGGGAGAGAGACUUCAGAACUUACUGUAACCUUUGACCUCUGUCUUUUGCUAAUGCAAGACCGUGUCUCAGUAGUACUGGUGUGUUUUUAUUUACCUUAUGUAAGGUGCUCUACUAGAGGUGUGGGCCAUGUUUAACCCAUACUGCAUUUGUACUUUAGAGCGUUUGUACUUUAGAGCAGAAGUUCAGAUUUCUCAAUGUGACUUUCUGAAGUGGUUGCAUGCCCUGAUUUUUUCUUGACUGCGCAAAGAAUUUAUCAUGGCAGAUAUUUUUGUCUGUUUUUAUAUUGCAUUUGAACAUACAGCAGUCUGGUUUAUGGCAAUGUUUGCAGAAACACCUAACGGCAUAAACACAGAGAGGAUCAUGUGUAUUAGUCCAAGUACUCCAGUGGUGUAAUUAAGCACUUGCACAGAAUGGAAAUUUCAGGGGCUCAUUCUGAGUAAAACUAACACUGGUUACCAAUAUUGAUGCUAAUUAAUAACAUGAAGUUGCUAAUUUGUACUGACCAAUUUUAAAAUCACUUCCGCACCAGAGAACACAUACAGUGUUUCUGUCAUUUACAGAGAGACAUAUCACGUUUCACUCCAAAUGCGCUUUAUUUGCAUUGCUUUACAGCUAAAGUACAGAUAAAUUGUUAAAAAUAUGAGGUAUGUUUGUUAUCAUGCAAUUACAAAUUUCUGGGGAAAAAAUAAGUAUUUCAGGUCCAGGGACAAUCCAUAGUGUUUAAACCACAAUUUCAUAUCUCUCAAACGCCUGGCAGAUUUAAUCUUUUUUGACUUGUCAGUGCAUUAAUCUAAUGAUGCAAAAUUCAUUUUACAAAAAAAAAAAAUCACUUCUCUGAAGCAUGAUGCUGUUUCUUUUCUAUGAAGCUUUUUUGUAUUUGAUUCCUUAUGAUUAACAAGGUAGAAGUGGAACUAUAA